AUGGACGCUCAACCACCUUCGUUAGCACAAGUUGAACAAAUUAUAGCACAACUUUAUGGAGGCGUUGUUACUCAGUUUUCUAAGUCGGCGCAAGAAUACUUGCAAAACCUUCAAAAGCAACAUUAUGCUUGGGAAUUAGCGUCUCAAUUAUUGGCUUCUGAGUCAGUUAAUUCUCAAUUCUUCGGGGCACACACUUUUCAAGUUAAAAUAUCAAGAGACUGGCAUACUUUACCUCCUGACCGAAAAGAAUGGGUCCGAAAUGAACUUCUAGGAUGGAUUUUGCGUCUUUCUAAUGGACCAAUGGUCGUUAUUACUAAAUUAUGUCUAGCUCUUACAGCCUUUGCAAUUCAAGCCGUUCCUGAAAUUUGGUCAAACUUCAUAUCAGAUUUUUUUGAUUAUUUACAUACCGGAUCCUUGGCUGUUAGGGCACAAAACCAGGGGCAGGUUCUAUUUAUUGAAUUACCGCUUCUUGAAUUUUUAACAGUUGUUCCUGAGGAGGUUUCAAGAGCUGAUUUAAUAGGAGAAAGAAAAGUAAAAGUCAAUCAGGAACUCAUUGAUUCAAUUCCACGCGUGAUGUCAAUACUGAAGACUAUAUUAUCUAAUCAUCAUGGAUAUGCAGAACGGGACAUUAUACUAAAACAAAAAUGUCUUCGAUGUUUGCAAAGCUGGAUCCUAUAUGGAGUACCCUUUGAAACGCUUUUCCUUCUCGUUGAUCAUGUCAUAACUUUAUUCCAAUUUGAAUCUACUAAUGAGGCGGCAACAGAAGUUUUAGUGGAAUUUAUUUCACAACCUCGUAUUACUAGCUAUCAGAAUACAGUUUGUGAAAAAAUACUUCAUUGUAUUACUAGUGACUGGGCAAAAAAUCAAAUAACUAAAGCUAUUAAUGAUAGAGAUGAACUUGCUGCAAGAAAUCUUUGUCGAUUGAUGACAACCUUCGGAGACCAAUUUACUAAUUAUAUUGCAAUUAAUUUUUUAAGGCCAGAUAUAUCUGUUUAUUUAGAAAUGAUGUUAAUUAUACCAAUGUACAUUAGUGAGAUGCCUUUACAGUUCUGGUUUAUGUUACAAGAAUCUUUAUACGAUCUAGAAGUAAUUCCAGUCAUUCCUAAUGCAUCUGGUAAUAAUACUUCUGUAUCAGAAGCCGAAACACCCAAUAUUUUACUCUCAGACUUUCAGCAAAUACGAGAAUCAUCUAUGGUCGUUUUUCGUAGACUCAUAGAGGUUUUACGGUGUAAAGUACAGUAUCCGCCAGAUUCAAAAUGGGCAGAAUGGUCUAAAGAACGAUUUAGGCAUCAUCGAAGGGAUGUUGGUGAUACAAUAAUGAAUGCCUAUUACGUAUUGCGAUCCCAAAUGCUGGAUUUUCUAAUAGAAUUAGUCAUAUCUCAAAUAAAUGCACCAGGAAGAGAUCCAAGUCAGUGGCAGGCUAUAGAACAUGGCGAAAACAUUUAUCUAUCACGACUUUUUGGUGCAGAAGUUUAUGGAGUAUUGCCAGUACAAGGUCAUUCAAAGCUAAGAAACACUGCACUUUCACUUAUUGGUUCUUAUGCAGAAUGGUUCAAAAAUAACCCCCAAUACUUAUUAUCUGCACUUAAUUAUCUUAUUCCCGCACUAAGCGAUAUUGAACUCGCUUUAGCAGCUGCAACAGCAUUUAAGGAAAUUUGUGAUAUUUGUCGUGAUUCAUUAGUUAAUGGUAUAGAAGAUCUAGUUAAUAUUUAUAUAGUAGUUGGUCCAAGCAUUGAACAAAAGGUCAUCGAAUCAAUAGCAGAUGUAAUUCAGGUUUUGCCUCCGGAAAAAAUGAUACAACCAUUAUUGACUAUAACGAGAGAUAUUAUCCAAACAAUGAAGGAUGCUAUAGUACUUGGAAAACAGAAUCCUCCUCAAUUUCGGGAAAUAAUUAUCACACAGUUAGAAUAUCUCACAUGUUGUGGACGUGGUAUUCAACCACUCGACGAAGAAUUAAUAAUAAUUGAUGGAAGUGAUUCAGAAAUUAAACGAAAUCAUUUUGCUUUUGAUUUAAUACCAGCUCAAGGUCUGGUUAAUACUUUAUCAGAAAUUAUUCGUGAUAUUGCAGAAAUUUGGUAUCAAGAUAGUGAAGUCGUAGAGUGUCUUUGCAAAUUCCUUAAUACUGGAAUUCGUAUUACACCACAUUUGCUUUCCAUGCCUUUCGAAGUGAUCGUAUUUCUAAUUCAAAUUUCUUUCCAACGACAUCCACACGCUAAUUGGUUAGAAAUUGCAGUUCAAAUAGUGAUUGUAAACGGAUCAAGUUCGAAACACAGCGUCGCUUUGAGAGAUAUGUUAAUCUCCUUAACUUCUACUACUAUACAAAAUAUUAGAAAUCAAACUGAGAUGGAUCAAUAUCCGGAUGUUGUUCAUUCGUAUUUUAUGCUACUCACAGAAAUCCUUAAAAAAUGUCCUUUAAUAUUAUAUUCUUUACAAUCUGAUAUGUUUAAUAGUAUUAUGAAAUUCUCUGUAGCAGGCCUGGGUUUACAGGAAAGAUUAGCUUCGAAUUCUGCGGCGAAUUUUAUGGGAGAAUUCGUAGGACAAAAUUAUGAUGAUAAAGAAUUGGCAGCGGGAAUUGAAAAUGUUAUGAUGACAUAUGGAUUAGAGAUAAUGAGAGAAUUGUUAUUGGGAAUUGGAGGUAAAUUACCACGAUCAUUUGUUAUUUCACUGUCUCAAGUUUUAUUUAAGAUGAUAGGACGUUACAUCGAAGCUAGUAGAGAAUGGUUGAGAACCUUAUUAGCACAGGACAAUUUCCCUUCACCACACGUGAAUCAAAUGACCAAACAAAACUUUGCUAAAGGAAUUCUAAGUACAAGAACUCUUAAACGUUUUCACGAAAUCGUUACUGAAUUUUCAAUUAAAUGUCGAGACCUUGAAGAUUCAGCUUAUGGCUAUACAUAA